GCAUUGGAUGGAAAUGAAAGCAGGGGACAAUGUAAUUAAAAGGAGUUUGACAAAUAACACUGUUGUUGCAGAUGUUGCUGCCUCUGCAGAAGAGCUGACCAAUCCCUUUGUUAAAGAAGGGUUUGAGGUAUACGGACGUCAAAGUAAGGGUACUAAAAUAGUUGACUUAAUUAAAGCUGUCGAACAACAAGAAAGUGUGCUAGGGGAAUUGCAAAAAGAACUUGAAGACUUGAAUGCAAUGAUGAUUGAGAGGAAGAACCAGUGCCAGCACCAGCAGGGCAAAAUGAAUUUUUCUGACUUUGGUGAAGCAAGUGCUGGUCAUUCGCAAAUACCUAAUUCGAACCACCCCACUGGCUGCAUUGAAUUUGGCAAUUCUGGUGAUAGGGGUCAUGUGGAAGAAGUUCAUUUUCCAAAUCAGGAUACACAAGAAUCUGAACAAAGCAACAUUUAUGUCCGACGAAGGGAGGGUCCUCGGUUGCGUGUUAAGAGUAUAGCAAUAAGAACUCCUUUUGCAGUAUUUAGUGGGAGGAAACGCAAUAAGUAG